AUGGUGCCUGGCGCGCCAUGCUGUCCUCCGCUGCGUCGGCUGGGCGGCCCGCUGCUGACGCAAGCUCGACGCGCCGUCUCCACGUCUGCGCCGCUCGCCGCCGCCCGGAAGGGCACGCGCGAACGCAAGAAAGCCAAGAUCGUGAAGAAGGAGGAGGUGAAGACGGAGUGGGUGCCGGAGAACGUGCGCCGCGCCGAGCUGCUCAACCAGCAGCCGUACCCGGACAGAAGGGUCAACCGCUACCGCCUGCCGGAGCCGGUGGAUGACGUGUACGCGGUGGAGAUGCACCGCGAGACGCACCACCCGACCGUUACAACCGGCCGCACGAACUGCUGUUCGCCACCCAUCGAGCUGGACAUGCAGAUGGACAAGCGGACGCGCUUCGCAGACCCAGUGCGCCAGUUGGUGACGCUGCCGCACACGUUCGAGUUCGCGGCGCCACGCGAGGUGGCCGUCUUCUGCCAGUCGGCCGCAGCGCGCCAGCUCGCCGAACAGAUGGGCGUCACGGUGUACGGCGGCAGCGAGCUCAUCAAGCAGUUCCAGAGCGGCGCUAUGAUGGACGACUUCGACUACUUCGUGGCGCACCCGGAGAUGAUGUCGGAGCUGGUGGCGAUCCGCGGUCUGUUGCGGCCGCUUCCUAGCCUGCGCGACGGCAGCCUGACGGUCGACCUGGCGGCGGCCGUCGACCGCUUCAGCUCGGGCCUUGAGUACGCCUCGGAGCGCGACGAGCGGCAGCCGGACUUCGCCCAGGUGGCGCCCGUCGGCAAGCUCAGCAUGCCGACCGAUCAGCUGAUCGCCAACCUGACCGCGCUGCUGACCGACCUGCAGGCGGCUCGGCCACGCGGCACACGCGCCCGUUCGUGA